AUGGAGCUCUUCCGUGUCGGAGGAGAUGUCCCGGACACCAAUUAUCUGUUCAUGGGUGAUUUUGUCGAUCGCGGAUUCUAUUCCCUGGAGUCGUUCCUUCUCCUUCUCUGCCUCAAAGUCCGCUACCCCGAUCGCAUCACGCUCAUCCGCGGCAACCACGAAUCGCGUCAAAUCACGACCGUUUACGGCUUCUACGACGAGUGUAUUCGAAAAUAUGGAAGUGCCAACGUGUGGCGAUACUGUUGCGAAGUCUUCGACUACCUGGCGCUCGGGGCCCUUGUCCUUGGCGCAAGCUCCGAACUUGAACCCACCGGCCCGCUCUUGAGCGAUGCGACCCAGUCUUCCAUGCCGAUGGACGAUUCCGAACUGGAGAUCGAAGUCCUUAACUCUAGAGGCGAAGUGACAAUGAGCACCUACCGCCAGCGUGCAUCAUCGUCAAUAACCUCAUCGGCCGGUUCCGGCAACAUCUCACCUCCCCGGGACAUCUCCGCGACCCCGGGCCAGGCGCCCGGGAGGUCCGGCGCGCCCGGCACCGGUGCGUCAGGGGAUGGGGCCGGCAGCUCAGCAAGCAGGACAGGAGCCGUCCUGUGCGUUCACGGUGGUCUGUCCCCGCUGAUUGACACCGUUGAUAAGAUUCGCCUGAUCGACCGGAAACAGGAGGUGCCGCAUGAAGGUGCCAUGUGCGAUCUGCUAUGGUCGGACCCAGACGACAUCGACGGCUGGGGCUUGAGUCCGCGUGGCGCAGGGUUCCUCUUUGGCGGGGACAUCGUCAAGCAAUUCAACUACAAAAACGAUCUGUCGCUGAUUGCACGUGCCCAUCAGCUCGUUAUGGAGGGCUACAAGGAGAUGUUUGACGGCGGGAUCGUCACGGUCUGGUCAGCCCCCAACUACUGCUACCGGUGCGGGAACGUGGCCGCCAUCUUGGAGCUGGGCGAGGAUGCCAGCGGUGGCGGGACCGUCGCCCGAAGCAAUGGAGACUACGGACGGAGCAACGGUGUAUUAACCGCCGACAGGCCGGGCGUCCGAAGCCCUGGCAGACGGUACCGGGUGUUUGAGGCUGCGGCGCAGGACACAAGGGGUAUGCCGGCGAAGAAACCUGUUGCUGAUUAUUUCCUGCGAAUCAUUCAUGAUAAGAAAAUUUUACUAGACUCUAUCUACAGUUCUGACCCAGUGCAACAGACCCAGCCCACAUAG